CCUCGGCGCGACGUGUGGUAUCGCUGCCGGAAAUGCCGAACGCCGGUUUUUUCCGCUGCGAUGCUCGAGACGCACGAGGUGGGCAGGGGUCAGGCCGCGUUUCGGUACGGCAAGCGCGACGCGGCGCCCGAUGCCCGCGGCUGCACCUCGCACUUUUUGAAUCCCGAUGCCACCUCCACCCUCACGGAGAUUGAGGGCAAGAUCUGCUGCCCGAGGUGCUCGGCCAGGCUGGGUGGCUACCAUUGGGCGGGCAUGCAGUGCUCUUGCGGCGCGUGGAUCGCGCCCGCCAUACAGGUGGUCAAGAGCAAAGUAGACGAGAGCAUCGCCGCUCCC